UCUGAGCCUUCACGGCCACCGUAAUGGAGAGGCGUACCCGACCCGGGCAAGGAAGCAAUUAACAACAUGCUUUUGUAACGCACAGAGAGAGAGAGAGAAACUAUUUUCAAAGUUAAAGUUUAGGUUUUUUUUGGCGGGAGUUGGUGACACUUUUGAAUAAAUAAAACAUGGGUUGUUUUUUUCUUGCCUCUUCUUUCUGUAGAAAAUCUUUUUUGCAAAACGUUUGUUUUGCAGGUAGAAGUGUGAUCAAUAGUAUCGAUACGACCUUCUGCACUGCAAGCAAACCUAGUACCAGGGAAAGCGUGUCGCAGUGUUUUUACGCCUUGCAGCGAGUUACUAGGCGUGAAAUAAUUGACCAAAACUGCUUUGCAUCGGCUGCAAGAAGAUUUUUCACACAAAACCACGUUUCAGGUUUAAUAUCAGCCACAACACGGGUUACAAAUUGCAGUAGCACAGCGCCUACCAGUACUAGCACAAAUGCAUGUCGCUGGAGGUCUUUAUUAUCAAACCGAGGCGCUAUUUUGAAGAAAGCCAACAACGGCAUUUCUCUUAACAACGCUUUGAGCAGUUGUAUUGUUACUCGCUUGGGUUCGUGCAUCGGCAGGACUCGCUUUCACUCGGGCGCGGUCGGGAGAGCGGUUUCCACGGCCGUGUCGAAGGACGUCGUGCUAUUCGAGCACGACAAGAGAACGUUUUUCCGGUUGCUGGGGUUCUUCUGCGCGGGGCAGUUUCUGUUCUGGAUCUCCCUGGCGCAUUUUGCCUUCACCAGCCUGAAGGACACCGGUUACCGGGAGACGGUGAUCACGGACGACGCCGGGAAGAAUCUGCCCAAACUCGGGGGCGUGUCGCUCAAUCUGGGGUCGAGCAAAUGGAGAUACGGCUUCACCGUGUCGUGCCUGACAGUGGGCACUGUGAUCCUGGUCGCUGGCUCUGCCUUCGCUCGCCGGUCAGUCAGCAGGGUCCUGUUACACCGUGGAGGUCAGGAGGUCACCUUCACCACCUACUACCCCUUCGGAGGCACGUCCAGCUUCAGCGCCCCCCUGCGCCACGUGUCCUGCGUGGCCCACCGCGCCGAGGUGCCCUCCAUGAUCCCCAUCCGGGUCAAGGGUCACGCCCUCUACUUCCUGCUCGAUAAGCAGGGCCGGUUCCACAACCCCAGGCUCUUUGACGUCACUGUGGGGGCCUACAGGAAGCUCUGAGGAGCCAAAUACACACGUGUGUUUUGUUUUUAAUGAAGCCCAGGUUGGGUUUACAAUGCUUUCUAACCUGUGUGGAUGACUUCCUGUACAGGGGUUAGAAACUCACACUAGCCCUGCUGCUGCUGCUGCUGCUGCACCCAGUCCUGGGGUUCAGAGCUCCCCUCAAUGAAGUCUAGUAUUAUUAUUAUUAAUAUUGAAAUGAUCAGGAGCCAGGAGUUUGAGCAGGGUUACAAACUCACACUAGCCCUGCUGCUGCUGCUGCACCCAGUCCUGGGGCUCAGAGCUCCCCUCAAUGAAGUCUAGUAUUAUUAUUAAUAAUAUUGAAAUGAUCAGGAGCCAGGAGUUUGACGUUGGACAUUAUUUCACUGUGCUUGCUUGGGUGUACAGGUGCGCUUGAGCUCGUAAUGAGGUUCUGGGUUGUAAAAAAAAUUUAAUUAAAAUACAGAUACAAACAAACAAUGCCCUGCUUCUGUUUUGAGUGUGUCUUCAAUGGAAUCAGCGAUUCAGGCUGUCAAGGGGAGCCUUUGUGACGUCGGGGUCUGGUGCAGAAGAUAAGUUGCAUUUUGUUUUUAAGCACACUGACUUACACCUGCUGUGAAACCUUGAAUUUCCCGUAGAGAAACGGGCUGAACGCUUCACACAGAGACUCCCGCUCCACAGCGGUGUGAUCCAUUCCUGGUUUAAUAAUAAGACACACCUGAGCUUGUUACCUACACACACUGUGUGGCUAAUCAAGCCUGGAUUAAAAUCUGGAACGGGUCACACUGCUGUGCAAUAGGUGUCUUUUUUAGGUUCAGCGUUUAGUAUCAUAAGAACAUAAGAAAAGUUUGGGAACCAGAAAAGGCCAUUCGGCCCAUCAAAGCUCGUCCCUUGUUAGCACACCAUUCUCCCCUACUGGGGAGCAGGGGACGAAUUUAAAGGCACAGAAUCUGGUCUUUUUGAAAUGUUCCCAGUGUUUUAGAUUCUUCACCUGGUAGGCUAUUCCAUGCAUUUAUAACUCUCUGUAUGUAAGAAAGUGCUUCCCUCCAGCUAUGCUGGACUCUUGCAAAAAUAAGUUUACCUGGAGUUAUAAAAUGUAAAGGGAGA